GACUGUGUCAUGACUUGAACAAGUCAUCCUGUUCCAAUGAAAAAACAUCUGGUUAUUCUCAUGGAUUUGAUGAAAUAUCUUUUAUCUUUCCUUUUCUUUUUUCCCCACCCGAAACUCCCAGGAUAUCCAGUGAACACUCGCCAAAGCUUCAGAUCCGGAGCCACAGUUACCUGAGGGCAGUGAGCGAAGUUUCCAUCAACAGGAGCCUGGACAGCCUGGACCCUGCAGGGCUGCUGACGUCCCCCAAGUUCCGCUCCCGCAACGAAAGCUACAUGAGAGCCAUGAGUACCAUCAGCCAGGUGAGUGAGAUGGAAGUGAACGGUCAGUUCGAAUCCGUCUGCGAGUCCGUGUUCAGCGAACUGGAGUCUCAGGCGGUGGAAGCGCUGGAUCUGCCUAUGCCGGGCUGCUUCCGCAUGAGGAGCCACAGCUACGUCAGAGCCAUCGAGAAGGGCUGCUCCCAGGAUGAUGAGUGCAUAUCGCUGCGGUCCUCAUCUCCCCCGCGUACAACCACCACGGUGAGGACCAUCCAGAGCAGUACUGGUGUGUCAGCUUUACAGAGCUCACCAGCACAAAAAGAGGAUCUUGGCAUUGUUACACUGGCGAACAUAGAAGACGCUUCAUACAUCCGGGUGGAUGACUUGCAUUGUCAAGAUCUUUUAAAAGAUCUGGGCGUUAUUAGAGUGUCAUCCUGCAUUACCACCUACAAGAAGACACCGCCUCCAGUCCCACCGAGAACUACCACCAAACCCUUUAUUUCCAUCACAGCCCAGAGCAGCACGGAGUCUGCCCAGGAUGCAUACAUGGAUGGCCAUGGACAGAGGGGAGAUAUCAUCAGUCAGUCUGGACUUAGCAACUCCACAGAAAGCCUGGACAGUAUGAAGGCACUGACAGCUGCUAUUGAAGCUGCCAAUGCACAGAUCCAUGGCCCUGCAAGCCAGCAUGUAGGGAACAAUACUGCCACUGUCACCACCACUACAACCAUUGCCACUGUUGCAGUAGAAGACAGGAAGAAGGAUCUCUUCAAGAAAAACAGAUGCUUAUCUAUUGGAAUACAGGUUGAUGGUGCUGAAGAAUCCACCAUACCAGGUGACAAUAAAGCAACCAGUAAGUUCCAGUCCAUAGGAGUUCAAGUAGAGGAGGAGAAGUGCUUUCGCAGGUUUACACGAUCUAAUAGUGUAACAACAGCUGUGCAAGCAGACCUGGAUUUCCAUGAGAACUUUGAAAUAAUCGACCCUCAAGAGGACAAUACAUGUUCUGGACAAAUAUCAAGACAGUUUUCCCGAGAUGCAAGCACCUCUACCGUUAGCAUACAAGGGUCAGGAAACCACUACCAUGCAUGUGCAGUGGAUGAUGACUUUGACACAGAUUUUGAUCCGUCAAUUUUACCUCCUCCUGACCCAUGGAUUGACUCUAUUACUGAAGAUCCUCUGGAAGCUGUUCAAAGGUCAGUGUGCCCACGAGAUGGCCACUGGUUUCUGAAGCUACUUCAGGCAGAGAGAGAUCGUAUGGAGGGUUGGUGCCAACAGAUGGAGAGAGAAGAACGUGAAAACAACUUACCUGAGGACAUUCUAGGGAAAAUUCGAACUGCAGUGGGCAGUGCCCAGCUUCUCAUGGCUCAGAAAUUUUACCAGUUCAGAGAACUUUGUGAAGAAAACCUGAAUCCUAAUGCACAUCCACGGCCGACCUCCCAGGAUUUAGCAGGGUUUUGGGAUAUGCUGCAGUUGUCCAUAGAAAAUAUUAGUAUGAAAUUUGAUGAACUUCAUCAGUUAAAGGCCAAUAAUUGGAAACAGAUGGAUCCUCAUGACAAGAAGGAGAGAAGGGUCCCUCCUCCAGUGCCAAAGAAGCCAUCGAAAGGUCAGGUGCCACUCAUACGAGAACGCUCUCUGGAAAGCUCGCAGCGUCAAGAGGCCCGGAAACGGCUGAUGGCUGCCAAGCGCGCUGCAUCGGUCCGCCAGAACUCAGCUACCGAGAGCGCCGAAAGCAUUGAGAUAUACAUCCCCGAAGCCCAGACCAGGCUAUGAAGGGAUCCAACUGGGAGGACUCUCUCUGGCAAGACAAGCCUCAUGUAUAAUCUGCCCCUCUAGGCUCCUGCUCAAGGUCACCACAAAGUAUUUGUACCUCCUCCUCCUCCUCCUCCUCCUCUCUCUUGCUCUCUCCCCCUCCUCUCCCUCUCCCCUCUCUCUGUACGCAGCUGCCCUGAUGCUCCCAGUGAACUCCACUGCCGUGGCGUAGUUGUCGGUCCUCCGAGAGACGUCCUCUAAUCACCCUUGCUUUCUGAAGGUUCGCCCAUGUCAUCACGAUGCUUUGUCACAUGUACUGAUGCUGCCACUUUGCCUCAUGUAAACGAGCACGAUCCUUUUUUCUUUUCUGUUUGGGACAAAUAAACGCAGCACUCAGACUUCCACACACCCGCACACCUGUACAGUAGAUGCUCCAUUUAACUUACUCAUGAUCUUUAGUUGACCUAAAGCUAGUCUGUUACCCAGUGUACAGCAAUAUCAAACUGUAGUGGACUUUGGUAUUUUCAGUCAUGCAGGGUGAUCCUUUCAGACUCUGCCGUCUUCCUCACAAAAGAUGAAAGGACCUAUGACUCGGAUUCCCUUCUUUUUAUUACUGUUUUUUUUUAAAGCAGAUGGCGCACUUUAUUCUAAACCUCCAAAUCACAUCUUCACCUGAAUUAAGGAGUCACACAGGGGGAGGGAGCUGGGGUGGGAGCGGGGAGGGGGGAACGAAAAGAAACCCCACAGCUCUGGCAGGUGAAAAAGUGGAAGUAUAUCCCACAGGUGAGAUGGCGAGGGAUAUAAAAGAUCCUGUGGAAAGAUACCCGCACACUCACAGCUGUACAAACUGCCUCAUUUUUAUUUCAUCAAUCACUACUUAAACAUUUCAAUCAGCAGAAGAUUGUAAAUUCGAUCUUCCAGGGAAAUAAUCUAUUUUGAAAGGCAAUAAAAGAGUAAAAAGGAAGGAGAUAAGAAGCAAUGACAGUUGAAGAGAUAAUAUAAAAGAAGGAUUUUCUUGUCCAAGUAUUAAGAAUUUUUAAAAUUGUACUGUAUUGUCAAUUCCUCUUGUAUUGUAUUGUAUGGAUUAUAUUGGUUAAAAAAAAAAAAAAAAGAAAAAAAGAAAAAAAAAAAAAGCUUGGUUUUGUUGAUGUCUUAAUCUCGGUGGGACCAUCCGAUCUCAUACGUCCAUGCAGCCACACACGGACACCUGUAGGUGAAUUACUGUACAUGGAGCCUCUGAUGCUUUUCCAGGCCAGGCUUGCUUUGCUCUAUCCACAGCUGGUUGUAUGCUACAGUUCAGACUGCUUAUCACCAAACCGUCCAUAUCUAGGAGUAAAUUUCUAAUUCAGCCUCCUCUUAAUAGUAUAAAGUACUCACUUGAACAAGAACAAUAGACUAUUUUUCACAAGUUAUGGGAUCAAUAUGAACUUAAUAUUUUUCACGACAAGCCUUCCUACCCUGGCUUCUGCCAUUGUUUUGCAAUCACGAAAAAUAUGCAUCCUAAGUAGCUCAUUAAUAGUGGGCGGAAAUGGCAGAUAAUAGGGCUGGAGAGGAGCCUGAAAGGUCAGCUCCUGUGUGUCUGUCCCCUCCAGCCACCUCUGGCUGGGGCAGGGGCCUGUCCUCCAGCUCCCCUGAUGAGGAACGAUGCCGACCACGCUGCUACUGGAAUCUCUUGUGCCAACAUUAGGAAAGCUAUGUCAGGCAUGUUGCUGAAAGCGAGUUGUGUGCGAGCGUGUGAGCGUGUGUGAGUGCGCACACGCGUGCUGGACUGGCAGGUGCUGCUGCCAGCAGAAUUGGCGUGGGCUGCUUGGGGUGACAGGGCUGCUCUGGGUGACAGGGCUGCUGUGAGCAGAGGAGCGCUGUGCAGUCCUCAGAGCAUGUGCAUCCUGCAGUGAUGUUUUCCAGACUCCUCUGCCGCUCCCUACGUGCUCUUCACGCCGUCUGCCAGGGCAGGGGUAGGCGGGAGAGGAAGGCAGGCUGCUUUCUGCUCCCAGUGAGCACAGGGACAGCCCCACCAUGGAGGGGCACAGGUGGCAGCCCUUGCUGCACGCCACUGCUGGCUGGCUGUGCCCACGGCUGCUCAGCCUCUAUGGACAGUCCAACCAGUGAAAAACCCCACUGCACGUGUGGCGUGAUUCUGCAGCUUGCACUUAAAAGGCAUUGAAAAUCGUCAUCGAAAAGUUAAGGUCUUGCUAAAACUACUCAUUGAGACCAUGCCAGACAGCUUCUUUUCCUAUGACAUCAUAGCCAGGUGCUAAUUUAAUUUUAUUUGAGAAAAUAGGAGAGGUAGUAGGUUCUGGCACCAAGUAUUUUCAUGAGAGCAUACUAAAACCACUAGAGAAUUUGCUACCUCUCAAAGCCAUCAAUAUCUGAGCUAUGUCUUUAUAAACAGGGCACAAAUAUUUACUGCUGUGGUUUACAAGAUAAGGGCUAAUAAUUUAAUAUAUAAAAGACUUUUAACUAGAGUAAUCAGAAAUCCAGUGUAACUCUAGAGUGCUUGGUGUUACAGGAGCUUCAAAAGGUUUGACCCUCUAAGCGUUUGAAUACCAGUGUAUUUGCUAGUUUUGAAACACUGCGUUUAACUUUUAGCAGCAACAAAACAUCACCGUGUUUGCAGUAUGUAAUAGUGCCAACUGCCACUUUUGAGCAUAUAUAGUCAUAGGAAGUAUUAAUUAUUUGGAACUCAUUUGUACUGAAGUAUUCGAAGCAGUACCUAGGUGAGAGUCCACAUUCACAACCGUGUCGCAGACUUACUUAGUUUUUGUGAACGUUUUACGAAAGAUGAGUUAAGACUUUGGUUGACAAGUGGCUACAGAAAUUUAUAUCCAGUAAGUCCCCCCCUAAAAAAAGAAAAAAAGUGAAGACUAUCUAGUCUUGUACAUUACAAAUUGUUGUAUUUGUAUAUCAUAGAAUAUUUUUUGUAUCUAUUUUAAAUGAAUUUAUUCUUAGCUGAAUGCUCGUUAGUUCAUUUGGCACUGGAGAGGUUAUUAUAAUGUUUGCCUAGUUUUUUAGCAGAAUAUUAAAAAUACGGAGAAAAUACAAAAUAAAAUAAUUCUGCCCAUAAAAUGCCACUAGUUGACCACUUGACUCAUUUACCAACACUAAUGCUAGUAUAUUUGCUCCAUCAUCUGUUUUAGUAUAAUUUGUAACUCUUUGUUUUUAGUCUAAACUGCCCAGUGUAUAUUAAAAAUGCCUAUAUUCUGUUUCACUUUGGGACUAAACUAUUGCUUUUUUUUUCCUUGGGAGAAAUUUUAGAAAAGGUUGGUUUUGUUUCCUGCUUCAAAAGUUAAAAAACAAAAAAAAAGAGGUAUUUAUUAUAUUUUUUGCAGAUGUUUCCAUAAAAUUCUCAUAAUCUUUUUGUAAAGAAAGAUGAAGAAAUGGAUUAAAGAUUUUUAAUAUUUGAAAAGGUAAAUAGAAAUAAUUUAUUUGUAAUAUAUUUCAGUUUAUUUAUUGGUGUUCCCUUAAUGCUUUGAUGUGCACUAUCACUUUAAUUUGAAGUGUAUCUUUGUGAAUUUAUUGGGGGUUUUGGUUUUUUGUUUUGUUUUUUUUUUUUAAGGAAAAUGGUCAAAUGCAUAUUUUAAGUAGAAUGUAAAUCACUGGCCUACCUGCAUUCCCAAAUGUGAUUUUAAAAAUGUUUUUGAUUUGAAACAAAAGACACAAAUAUGAAAGCCUUUAGACAGAGGAGAGUGUUUUUAUGGCUUAAUGAUUUGGGUUUCCAUAGGAUUAUCUAUCUGGUUUGUGUGUGGACAGGAAAAUGUAAAUAGAUGAAUGUUUCCCAUAAUGUAAAAAGAGCAAAUUAAUAAAAUAAUUAAUGCACUGCU